AUGGGUAACAUAUGGGGAAUUUUUAAGCCGAAUCAUGGAGCUUCUGAACCACAGAAAUUGCCUGUUCACGACCAUUUCUUACAACCUACAUCGUUUAUAGUUGAUUGCUCUGGUUGCUCUGAAACUAAGAAUGACGCACAAGGGUACUUUUGCUUUGAGUGCAACUUCUAUGUCCACAAGGAAUGCGCCAGGUCUCCCUUAGAGAUCAACCACCCUUCUCAUUCGCACCCUCUUAAGCUCCGUUGGUGCGGACCACCUAGCUAUAGUGAUAAACGUUGCUGCUUGUGUGGAGAAACGCUUCGGCUUUUGGUUUACCAUUGUUCCACUUGUAACUUUAGUUUAGACACGGCUUGUGCGAGGAAGCACGAGAUUCCAAGCAUUGACUACCCCAAAGCUCAUGAGCAUAGGCUUCACCUCUUGGCCAAACGCGUCUCCUUUCCGUGUGCUUGUGGUAAAGACGUCCCUGGAGCUCCUUACUUGUGCCAUCAAUGCAACUUCAUGAUCCAUAGAGACUGCCUUGUACUCCCGCGUGUGAUACACCUCACACGCCAUAAGCACCGGAUUUCUAGAAGUUACUUCAUUGGCCCUGGUAAGUUUUCUUGUGGAGUUUGUCGUCUUGAGUUGAACUGGAGGUAUGGAGGAUACCGCUGCUCGAUUUGCCCUGAUUAUGUCAUCCAUCUGAGAUGUGCAACAAGAGAUGAUGUGUGGGAUGGAAUAGAUCUUGAUGGAACACUCGAAGAAGAAGAGGAGACCGAAGAGCCAUUCCAAGUGUUAGAUGACAAACUAAUUAAGCAUUUCAGUCAUGAACAUGAUCUGGAACUCAAUGAAAGUGGUGUUGUUUGUCAUGAAACUAUCCACUGCAGCGCUUGCGCUCUACCUGUCUAUUUCGAUGCAUUCUACAUAUGUUCGGUUUGUGAUUUUGUUCUUCAUGAGACCUGCGCAACUCUUCCCCGGAAGUUAAGGCAUGAGCUACACAAGCACACACUUACUCUACGACCAAACACUACUCCAGAUGAGGAGCAUGGUUAUAACUUGUUCAACUGCACUGUGUGUCAGCGGCUCUGCAGUGGAUUCAAGUACGUAUGUAGCAAAUCUUGCGAUGUCCAGAUAGAUGUACGAUGUUGUUCAAUUAGGGAGCUGUUCGUCCAUGAAAGUCAUCCGCAGCAUCCCUUGUUUCUUACCUCAUCCGAACCCAUUGACUGUGGUGCUUGUAAUGAGAUUGCAUCACCUGUAUUGAACUGCGUUGACUGUGGCUUUUCUUUGGGAUAUGACUGCGCUACUUUGCCUAACAAGGUCAAGCACAAAUGCGACACACAUUUUCUCUCUGUCUGCUAUGGAGAAGAGACGAGUGGGGAAUACUGGUGCGAGGCAUGCGAGAGAAAAGUCAACCCGAGUACAAGAUUCUACACAUGUGAAGAUUGCAGCUCCACUCUUCACAUCACAUGCGUGAUUGGGGAAUUCACAUUCUGGAGACCAGGGAAGAUGGCCAUAUCACGUCACGAAGUCGCAAUAAUUCCCAAUGAUUUUGCAUCUCGGCCAUAUUGUUAUAUGUGCAGGUCCCGUUGCGAAGACACUUCAGGUAUUAUAUAUAUCUCAGAGAAGCACAUAUGUUCCUCUAAAUGUUUAGAAGUGUAUAUCAAGUUCGACCUUACAUUCUCCAAGUUGGAGACAGUGGAGAUGGCGCUUCAUAACUUGGAAUUAUUUCGACUUGACCAUACCAGCCAUGGCUGGAGCAUUCUGUAAAAGAUCCUUUUCAAUCCUUGUAUGUUCUUCUGAAUGAACUUUUGUUGAAGAAAUUAAAUAUUAAUAGAUGAAAUUGGAUAGAAAAAAAUUCCCAUAGUCCUAACUUUUUUAAUCACAAAUAUAGCAGAAUCAAAACAAUCAAAAUAGGUUUAAUCAAAAUGGAUUUUUAACUUUAAAACAUCUUUGCUAAGUUUGUUUUGAGUAAAAAAACCUCAAACUUAGUAUUUAACGAAAAAAACUCACAAACUAACUUUAUUUUCUGAAUUAAACCUUAACAGGUCAUAAUUAUCAUUACUACCGGUAAAUCUUUAGUUUAGGGUUUCUACAUUAAGUAAACAGAGUUGAGUGGUUUUACCAUUAAGUAAACAGAGUUGAAAAUAUAAUUAAAAUUAUCUAAAGAUUUAUUAUUACAAUUUUAUUAUAUUUUCUUGUUUUUUAUAUUUUUAAUUUUUUAGUAUACAGGUAGAUCUUUAGAUAAUUUUUAUUAUAUUUUCUGGGUUUUUAUAGUUUAUAGGGAAUUUGCAGCAGAUGUCAAUGAUAACAAAUUUUAUUAACUAAACGGACAUAGCACUGUGUGUAUUUUCAUAAUACCAAUAUUACCCCUAUUCUGUCUGCAAAACAGAUGUACAUGACUGACAUAGACCUUUAUUUUUCCAGUCAAGCACGCGCUUGAAUUAAUGAUGAAAUUCUUUGAAUCCUCAACUCGUGUUACUUUCUCACUUAUGCAAAAACCAAGAGUUCCAAAUAUCAUAUCUCUUACAUACCAAUCGACGAGAUAGCCAUCAAUUUCAUUCUCAAUACACUUGUAGAAGACGAGAUCCAUUAUCUACGAGGACUUCCUUAUAUAUAUUGACGUCACAGUUUACACAAACAGACACACGUCUCUUUCUCUCAAAACUUAAAUUCUUCAUCCCGAGCUUUGAUUCAUCGUCUCCAUCUGAGCGUCAUCAACGUUGCUAAUCUAUUCGCCAGCAAAGACAUUACUAAAAUUGCUGAAACGAACCAACCACUACACGCCAAGGUUUACAACAAUAUACAUUGUAAGCCAUUGACCAAAGACCUCCUCCCAAUUUCGCAAAUGUCCCCGUUCUUACUGAAAUACUCUGGUUGCAUUGAAGCGGUUGAUGGAAGAAUCAAAGGCGUUGCACAUAAUGCCAAAUUAGUUUAUUCUGGUCUUAUGGUAGCUCUCCUGAUACAAACGCUUGCCAUGUUUGGACCAGAGACGUGCACCUGCAUCACCCCAUUUGAUAUACAUGAAGAGGCACAAAUGGUUGUUGUUAUGAUGUACGAGUUCCACCGGAAACUUUAGAAUGUUAUCUCACAAUUCAAUGUUAUUUGCUUAAAACCUUUGCUAUCUGCUUUUCUAUUUUAUAGCCAGUUUCAACUUUUCUCUAUGAAACUUUGUUGAAACAAUUGAAACUUUGUUGAAACAAGACGGGACGAGGUAGCUCACUUGGUAAGGACCCUGUGGGCCAAUUGUCAUGCUCACGGGUUCGACGCCAGGCGGAGGCGAACUGUCCAUUCUGUCACCAAAUGCGGUACUGGGUGUUGGGCCUUGUCCCCAGCCCAGGUAAAGCCCUCCCGGGUGAAGUGGACCGCUGCCUAACCGGGCUCAGGGGAAUGACCCAUGUAAGUGGGGAACCCCUGGAUUAUCAAAAAAAAAAAAAAAAACUUUGUUGAAACAACAUGCAAUUCCUCUCGGACUCUUAUUUUUUUUACAUGGGCUCCCACAUCUUCUACCAUAAUACAUUUCCUCAAAGCUUUAUAGCCAGUUAUUAUAUCAUAUAACCUUGCGGGUUUAACGUUUCAUAUUUUGUCCUUUUCGGAUACUAUGCAUGAAAACUGGUCAGAACCAUUCUCAAUGUUUGUAUGUGGACCCUAAAUUAGACUUAAGUUACAUUUCUGUAAUUUUUCAGGCAUCUAAAUCACAACUUCAUACAUCCUCAUGGAUGAUGAUUAUUCUCAUGAUUUUAUUCUAUCUGAUAUUAAAACCGGUUAUCCACUUAAUAGGGUGAACCUUUAAAUUCACUUUACCAUCUAGGACCAAUCAAAGUGCCACAUAAAUAUUUAAAUAAAAUAUAUUAAAUUUUUUAAAAAUAGCCAAAAAAGAAUAACAUCAAUUUUUAACGACGUUAACGCCGCCAGCUAAACCCUAAACCCUAAAUCUUAAAUCCUAAAUCAUAGACCCUAAAUCCUAAAUCCAAACUCUAGAAAUUUAACCCAAACCCUAUACCCUAAACCCAAAUUCUAGUCCCUAAACCCAAACCGUAUACCUUAAACCCAAAUCCUAGGCCAUAAACCCAAACUGUAUACCCUAAACUCAAAUCUUAGUUCCUAAAGCCAAACCAUAAACUCUACACCCAAACCUUAAACCUAGACACUAUAAGGUUUGAGUUUAUGGUUUACGGUUUGGGUUUAGGGUCUAAGAUUUGGGUUUAGCGUAUUGGGUUUGGGUUUAGGGUCUAGAAUUUGGGUUUAGGGUAUAUGUUUCGAUUUAAGUUUACGAUUUGGGUUUAGGGUCUAGGAUUUGAAUUGAGGGUAUAUAGUUUGGGUUUACGGUCUACGAUUUGGAUUUAAGAGGUAGGGUUUAGGGUUUAUAUUUUAGGUCUAGGAUUUAAAAUUUAGGGUUUGAAAUUUAGUUUUUAGGAUUUACCUGAGAAUGCUAGCGUCGUUAAAAUUGAAUUAUUUUUUUCUUUUAGCUAUUUUUUUCUAAUUUAAUAGUUUUUAUUUAAUAAUCUACGUGGUACUUUGAUUGAUCUUUGAAUGAGAAGUUAAUUUAAAUGUUCACCCAAAGGGGUGAACAUACUUUUUCUUCAUAUUAAAAACGAUAUCAGGUGACACAAGCUUCCGGUUACAUAAUAGAUAAUUUUAUAACCGGUUACACAACAUUCUUGUUGGAUAUAGAAAAAUAUCCAGAUAUUUAACAUACAUUCUUGAAUACUACAAAUUCAAAAAUGUACUAUAUCACAUGAAUACUACAAACUCAAAAAUGUACUAUAUCACAUGAGUACUACAAACUCAGAAAUUCAAAAAUGCCCACCUAAUGUUUACCGUGUCUUAUUAUAUACAGAAAAGCCAUAGUUGUGAAGGUCAAGGCAAACCGAGACAUAUGCAGAAAACAUAUGAUGAUUCACCAGCAUUCAACAGCUGACUGCCACGUAUAUCCACUUCAUUAUUUUCAUAACACUAUCUGUUCUUGUACACAGAUUGAAAGCUUCCCCAGAAGCUAAAUAUAUUUUAAUAUAUUUUUGUCAAACCGGUUUUAGUUUUCAAAAAAUUUUGUUUGGUUA